AUGGUCGACAGCAAAGAUGAGUCCCAGCCCAGAAUAUCCGAAGCGACUCAUUUUGUCGACUGGGAAGGCCCUGACGACCCCGAGAGACCGAUCAACUGGCCUAUCUACAAGAAAGUGUUGGUCACGAUAGCAUCUGGCUCAUUCGUCUUCGUGAUUGCUUUCUCUUCCAGUGCUUUUGCACCAGCACGAGUUAUCACUGCCGAGCUAUUCGAUACGUCUGAGGUGGUGAUGAGUCUGGGGGUCUCGCUCUUCAUCGUUGGAUUUGCCAUCGGACCUCUGUUCUUUGCACCCCUCUCCGAAGUCAUUGGUCAUGCAGCACCCCUGGCAAUUGGAUUAGGAGGUUGCGCAAUCUUCCAAAUUCCUUUCGCGCUUGCGACCAACAUUCCAGUUCUGCUCGUUUCCCGGUUCUUGCAGGGGUCUACUGCGGCGGCCAUCAUGUCUGUUGGAACCGGCAUGUUUGCUGAGGUCUAUGAACCUGUUCAAAGAGGUGUUGCAGUGAGCUGUAUGGCCUGCUGCAUGAACCUUGCUAGCGCAAUCGCGCCGAUCGCUUGCAGUUUCAUCGUGCAGGACUUGGGCUGGCGUUGGAUUGGUUGGAUUACGCUUAUAUUUGCGGGCGCUGUGGCUGCAACAGGCCCGGUCACACUCAGAGAGACUUCACCCCGGAUCAUCCUUCUGCGAAAAGCCCGACGCCUCAGGAAGAAGACCGGAAACUCCGAACUCCGAACGAAACAUGCAGAUGACAAGGUUGAUUUCGGUGUGUUGCUUCAGAAGUACCUACUGGUGCCUGUCAAAAUGUUCUGGACUGAGUUGAUUUUGGUUGUCCUGACGGUUUACCUGACAUUCGUGUACGGCACCCUCUACUUGUCUUACCAAAUGUUUCCGAUCGCUUUCCGCCAACGAGGCUGGUCGGCGCCUGCAUCAAACCUGCCCUUCGCUGCCGUCGGCUUGGGGAUCAUCACAGCCUGGGGGGCCUUCUCAAUCUUUACCCUGACUUGGUUCAAAACGCGGCGUGCUCGACAAGGGUCAGUUCCAGAGGACCGCCUUCCGCCUAUGAUUGCCGGCAGCUUCAUCUUGCCGGUGAGCUUGCUGUGGUUCGGGUGGACUGGGAGCGUCCACUGGGCAUCCCAGGUUAUUGCCUGCUUCUUCAUUGGUAUGUCACUUCAGCUUAUCUUCAUGUCUGGUGUAGUGUUCAUCGUGGAUUGUUACGGUCCCAUGUCCAAUUGUGCCAUGUCUAUUCAGGUUGUUUUCAGAAGUUUCGCAGCUGCAAGCUUUCCUUUAUGGAGCCCACCAAUGUAUCGAAGUCUUCAGGUGUCCUGGUCCUCGACGUUGCUCGCUGGGAUUGCUGCAUUGCUGUUACCAUUUCCAAUUCUGUUCAUGCGACACGGCGCUCGCAUUCGCAAAUCGAGCAAGUACACCGCGCAACUGGGCUGA